AUGGGUGCAAUAUCAUUACAGUUGGAAAAACUGCAACAUCUUCAAGUCUUGAUUUUGUCAAAUAACAAUUUUUCUGGAGUUAUUCCAAGUAGCUUGAGUAACUUGAAAGCAAUGAAAAAUCAAACAGAAAGCUCAAAUGUCCUUCAAUAUUCAAAUUCUAGCACAAUGUCCUAUGUAGAUAAAAUGGAAAUAGUCAACAAAGGCCAAUUUCUAGAGUAUGCAAAAUCUUUGGCAAUGGUUCGAUGUCUUGAUCUCUCUGGCAACAACUUCUCAGGGGAUAUUCCUCGAGGCAUUGGGUUCCUCAUUGAUCUCAAAUUUCUCAAUUUAUCAAGAAAUCAUCUCAGUGGCACAAUUCCUACUACUUUUGGAAAUCUUGUGAAAUUGGAGUCACUUGAUAUUUCAAGGAACAAUAUUAUUGGAUAUAUUCCUGGGGAGCUACAACUUCUCACAUAUUUGAGUUAUUUCAACAUAUCUUAUAAUAAUUUAUCUAGUAGAAUACUGAUAGGAGGACAAUUUCUUACAUUCAAUGGUGGUUCAUUUUCAAACAUUGCACAUCUUUGUGGACUUCAAAUCAACAGAAGUUGUUCCUCUUCUCUUUCUCCAAAAUUUACCCAAGAUGAAGAUGGAAGUGAAGAAGAGUGGGAUGAAGACGUUUGGUGGGAAGUGGGAAUUGGAUUGAGCUUUGGAUUUGGGUUUGCAAUUUUUAUUGGAGUAUUAUGUUUCAACAAAAAAUAUCAUUUCAAAUGUUUCAAGACCAUGGAUGAAUUUAUUUUCAUUCUUGAUCAAUAUGUUAAAGAAAAUAAAUUUUAA